AUGCUGCGUUUGCAAGUGGCAAUGCUGGCUCUGGGUCUCAUGGUAGCACCUUCUACUAUAGAAAGCUAUCCCAGUUACGUCAGUCUCAUUCCGAAUGGUGGUGAGGUGCCGGAUACACCGAAUUUGGGGCAUUUAGAUCCUGCAGGCGAGACAGGAAUGAGUGUUUUUGGUGAGGCUUUCUCCAAAGCAACCAAUGUGUGGGGUCCUGCCUUAUGUCAAGAAGACACGGACGGAGAUGGCUACACGAAUGGCCAAGAACUUGGAGACCCGUGUUGCACGUGGACGGAGAGUAAUCCAGCCGGUCUCAUUACGGAUGGCUUAGGUGACCCGUCCGAUGGGUCUAAAGUCCCUACAAAUAGUAAGCUGCUUGCAGGUUGCUCGAGUGAGGGCGCAGGAACUACAGGCAGUGGAGGAAGGGAUGAUGUGGUGGGGAAGGUCGCUCCUGGUGGUCCAAUGGUUGAACCGACUAAUGGCCCGAAAACCGGACCGGUCAAUGGAGGAAUGCCCCCCGAUGACGAUGAAGACGAUGCAUCCGAAAGUGCCGUGAUAACGGCUGGUACCGCUGUAUCCGCUCUCAGCAGUGUGACAAUGGGGUUGACAAUGAUUGUAGCAUUUGCUCUAGCAUGGUGA